UAUAUCAAAAUUCCUAUCAGAAUAUCCAAGAGUUGAUUUCGAUUCGAUUUCGAGAGCCAAGCAUGAGUGUGUCGUCGGUCGUGCGAGUUGCGUGUAAAAUCUAUAGAAGUGUCUUUUUAGUUAGCGUUAAGUUUUGUCGUACUCGGGGGUCAAAAGGAUAAUAAUUAUUCAUUUGCAUUUCUUAUUGAUACUCUACACAAAAGAACAAAAUUAAUUUAUCGUUGUCGUUCGAGUCCGAGUAUAAGUCGUGCGGAUAAUAAUUUACUUUCCCCUGCCAUCCAAGUGUAUAUAGUUGACGUUUUUGUUCGUUAUCGGUUAACACCAACACUCACCGUCAGCCACCCACCCACCUCUCUCAAGGGAAUUGAAACUUGUGUCCGAUACCAAGGACGAAAAGAGGACAAUAAUAAUUGUAUACAGCUCCUUGGGUUCAUUUAUCCUCACCAAAACGAGCUGCCGCUACCUUCCUUUGAGUCCCCAUAUCAAGUGUAUGUGUGUUUGUGUAUCUAUAUAAUAUGUAAACGAGCCUGUAGCUGUCCGUCGAUAAAUCAGGCCAAUCGAUAUACACAUAUCAACCUACAUGUGAUGUGUUUGUGAGUUCUAUUUUUUUUUUAUUUUGCUCCUCCUCCCCCAAUGACUACAACCCCAAAGGUUAUAUUUUUUUUCUGUUGAAACAAAAAAACUCAUCGCGCAAAAGGCGCGGUUCGGUUUUUAAUAAAAACACGAGUGCAUUUCUAAGAUAUUCGUCGCGCUAGUCGCGUGCUAGUUCCCACAAAAGAGUGACCACAAUAAUAAUAAUUUUUUGUUUUUUUUUUGGGUUUGGUGGUUGAUUGAUUCGGGAUAUAGUAAAAGAUUCGCGCGCGUUCAUUGAUUCCAAUUCAAAUUCAUAAUAAUCAUGAUAAGCUACGAAAAUCGUUAUACAUUUAUAUAUUUUUUAUUAUCUGGAAUUGUUGCUGGUGUUAUUAUUGUAUUAGUUUACAUAUCAAUUCAGGAUACAAGUAAUGAACAUCUUGCAGCAGAGGUUAGCAAAAUUCAACAGACAUUGACAUUUCUCAAGCCCAAGAGAGAAUGGAAUUACAGCAACACAUGGCAAUUCAUUGGGGAUCCGUAUUAUCGACAGCAAAUUUAUUCAGCGUAUUUUGAUCCAAGAACGGAAUUGUAUAAUCCUAGUCACUUUGAUGCAAAUCACAUCUCUUAUGGAUCAAUUAGAGUAUUUGCUGUGCUGCCUUUGCGAUUGCAAACAGAUAUCAUUUGUUAUAUAAAAUACGAAGAUACUUUCAUCGAACAGGUAAAAGCUUACGAAGCCCUUCCCAUGCAAGAGCACGAAAACAUGAAGUUUUCCGGCUACACCAUAAUGUGUCCCCUACGAAUGCGGCGCGGCGGGGCCAUUGUCCAUUUGCCCGAGUCGGUGGCCAUAAUCUACAUGGCAAAUCCGUUAAGCGAAGAGGUGCCAACAUAUGUGCCAAUCAGUUAUUCGAAGGAAAAUGUCCUGGCGAAACCGAACAAAACUUUGGCCAUUUGUGUGGGCCCAUUGCAGCAGCAUUAUAGCCAGGUUCUCCGGAUGGUCGAAUUUAUUGAGAUCUAUCGUUUGCUGGGUGCUGACAAAUUCUACUUCUAUCGUCUCGAAGUGACGCCUGAAAUUGACAAGGUUCUUGGGUAUUAUGAACGGGCCAGACUGGCCGAAGUGAACGCAUGGAAUUUCUAUGGUUAUGAGUAUAACGCCGAGGUGCAUUAUUCCGGCAUCAUGGUGCAGAUAAAUGAGUGCAUGUAUCGAGCGACAUUCGUCGAUGGGUACAAGUAUGUUGCUGUUGUGGAUUUGGAUGAGAUUCUGGUGCCACUCAAGUGCAAUACACUGUUGGACUAUUUGCGGGGGGCAGAAGAUGGCCGGACGAGUGCGUUUGUCUUUAGGAAUGUGUUCUUUUUUAAGAAGGGUCCGAAUGAUACUAUGAGUAUGCCACCGGGGGCGCACAAUCGAUUUUUGUACACUCAGGUGAAGGUGCAGCGGACGUUUCUGCCAUUGCCACCGCAUCAGAGGAGCAAGUGUAUUGUAAAUGGGAGGACUACGAUUGAGAUGGGUAAUCAUCAGGUAUGGCGUCAGUUGGAAGGGAUCUCGGAGACAAAUGUGCACAUUAGGGAUGGACUGAUGUUUCAUUAUCGUGAGAAGUGCAUCGGGUGUAGGGUUGACCCGUUGAUUGUGGACUUUACGGCGAGGCGAUUUGGGUCGAUUAUAUGGGACCAGGUGGAUGAUGUGUGUGUAAAGGUUUUCCAAAAUGGGAUCUGUCCGGUGGAUUGAUGGGUGGAGUUAUUUUUGUUUUUUUUUUAAAUAUUGAUUGGAUGGAAGGAGACAAAUGGGUGUCUAUUUUUAGUUCAAUGUUUUCUGCAUGUUUAUGUAUAGGUAGACAGAAAGAGAGAAAGAGUUUACGAAUUUAG